CACCACGGAAAGCUGUCAUCUCUGGGGAGGUCCACGGACGACCUGUCCGGGCCCCACGUCCACAGAGGGACUUGUGCUGGACUCAGCGAGGCAGGAGGCGCCUACGUCAGACAGCUGGAGAACAGGGUGAGGACGCUGGAGGAUGAAAAGAAGCUGCUGCUGUCACAGAUGAACAGGGAAGUGACGACACUGAGGAAGGGUUUGUCUCUUUAUCACUCAGAGACUCAACUCUCACAGUUCCAGGACAGCGUACACACUGUUCCUGCUUUGGGCCCUGGCUUUGAACCCUCCCCAACAGGGAUCUACCUUCCCCCAGGACAGAAGCCUGAGGCUGUAGUCCAUGCCAUGAAGGUGCUGGAGGUGCACGAGAAGCUGGACAGGCAGACGUCACAGCUGUACGACGAAGACCUCAGCGAGAAAGAGAAGGCCAUCGUCAGGGAAAUGUGUAAUGUUGUUUGGAGAAAACUAGGUGAUGCUGCAGGUUCAAAGCCAUCGAUCCGACACCACCUGUCAGGCAACCAGUACAAAGAGCCUUUGUAGGGUUUGGACGUCACGCCGUGGUGCCAUGUUGCUAUGUUUCCAGCCGGUGGACUCCACCUGUUUUGACCAGAACCCUCCAGCUGUCAUGUAGCUGUUGAAAUUAUGAACCUGAACUGAGUCGUAAUGGAUCUACUUUGAUUUACAUGGCACUGCUGCAGACACUGGAAGACUGUAACAGUCCAAUCUGUGUGAAAGCAUUCGGCCCGUUUUCUAGAGCCACUGUCAUUACCCGGGCAGCAGACUAUGUAAAAGUGUUUAUUAUAAUUUUUUAAAGCCUGGACUGUCAUUUAGUGAUUGCAGCGAUUAAUGGCACCAAAGCUGGAAUUCUGGGAUUAGAGAAAUGAGUCUCAGAGAGACGGAGCUGGUGCACAACGAACAGACUGCGUUGAAAGUCUGGAACUACAACAUCUUCACAAAGAAAUGGAAGUGAUGCAAGAAGACCUCAUCUUCCAGUAUUUGCAAUAAUCAGCUUGAUCAGAUCAACAAGAGCUUACCAACCAAUAAUUACCUGGACAUUUUCAGAUGUACGUUUCUGUUUGCAUUGUGAAGAGUGGAACGAUUCAGGGUCAAUGAAGGAAUGAAUUUACAUUCAGGAAAAGUUGUAGUUUGGGUCACCUGCAGGAUGGUUGCAGUGUGGAGUAGAACAUCUAAACAGAAGGUCCGUUGAGCUCAGAUGAAGACCAGCUUUAUGUUGUAUUCUGUCACUUUGGCAUUGACUUGUUCAGGUGUUUGAAGUCUUCUUCGGUCAGGUCAGGUUGAGCAGCAUUUGCUGGUCCUGCACGGUGGCACAUUAACCAUCUCCUGCUGUCCCAUGUUCCUGAAGUUUGACCUCCUCAGAGAAAGUAGACAGUGAUCACAGUUUUGGCACUUAAGUAGUUCAGUGUGGAGUAGCAUUGUGACAGAUUGAAGUUAAAGGUAAGAUUGUCACCCCAGGGUUCCAUGACGUGAAAUGGUUUUGCUUCUGGUCUGGAUUCUUUCAGGUUUUUGAAAUAGCAUGAUGGAGGUAUGAAAAAUCAGUAUCGAAGCCAGCAGAGCCGAAAGCAAUCAAACCUGGACUUGCAGUGAGCUCAGAUGGGAAUCUGUAAUACCUUACAACCAAUUACUGAACGGCUGCUCAGUUAUGUCAAGGUCAAAGGUCAGAUGCAUUUUCAUGCCAGAGACCCAACAUACUGUAUGUUUCCAUUGUGUAAACUUCUUUUACGGGUUCUGGUGUAUCCUGGUGGAUGGUAUGGGUGUCACGGAUCACAAAAGCCCUGCUUCAGACCAGAUGCGGUUUUAUAAGCCUGAUCAUUAAGCAUGAUCAUUUUUCAGAUCAGCAAAAAAAAAAAAAAGACAAAUGCUACUUUGUUUUUAAUUUUAAAAAUAACUUAUUGAGCAAUGAAAAUAAGGAACUUUUGCCUGUGGACUUUCAGCCAGCUCGGCUGUGCAUGUGCUUUGAGUGUGCUGCUCGGUUCAGUGGGCUUACGGCUGCACAAGGAAGAGACGACAGACACUCUGUCCUCAACCCCUUUAACAUGAACAGAGAUUCUUUUUGUGCUGAGCCUGUUUGUAGCAGAGCACGAAGCUGUAACAGGACAUGCAGCUACAGCGGGCGCUCCAGUCUCUCUGCAAACCUGCUUCUUUCUGUUUUAAAAACAGGCUGAGAGUGAGAUUUUACUGUAACACAUCAAAAUGAACGCAGUAAUCACUUUAAAAACAAGACACCAUGAUCUAAAAUCAAAUUUAUGUAAAUUCAGCAAUUAACCAGUGGAUCACAUGCGUUCCACACUGGGGGUGGGGGUGUUUACAGAACACGAAUCAACUGCGACCAGUUACACCACUAGUGGCUGGACACACAAAACGUUGCAUAUCAAUAUGAGAAACACCAAAGGUAUGCAGAGACCGCCGACCUUCACCACGGUCCACUUUGGCCCAUCUCUGACAUUCGGAGAUCCUCACUGUUCACCUUUUAUUUUCCGAUUGCUGGCUGACCUGUGAUCCUGGUCUUCCUUCCUGAUGGCUCAUCUUUGAUCAAUCAUUAACCUUGAUCAUUGAGCUUUGAUCCUGAUUGCUUUGAUUCUUUGAUAGAGGCUAUGCAUUUGUUACCAUUUCUCCAUAUGUCUGUUUGUCUUCCUUUGAUCGUGUAAUUAUGAUGAAAGGAUUCUGGAUCAAAGAACAGAUCCUGACCUUUGCCCUGAUUGCUGACCUGUAGUUCUGGUUUUUGUUACUGACUUUUGAUGUUGAUCAUUGAGCUUUGAUCCUGAGUACUGAAUGCUUUGGCUAUUUGAUAGAGGUUUUGUUUUCGUGACUGUUUCUCCUCAUGACAGAAUUUGACUGUUUUUUGUCAUCAGAUGAAGUCGCUGUAGCCAGAAAACAAGCUGAAAACGGUGCUUUUGUUGAUUUUACUUUUCUUGUGACCCCGAGCCAUCAGUUCUCAGUCUGGAUCACAGUCUGUUGUAUCACCUGCUGUGACAGUCAACACAUCAUGAAGCUGUUUGUGCAGAAGCAUCCCUAUGAACUCGGCUCACAUGAAAGGAAAUUGUGACAUCACAAUUACAUCACUGUCACGUCCUGUUUUUAUUGGACAGAAUCUGUGCAGUUAUUAAAUGAGAGGUGGAGCUUAAGCGUCAUUCAAAAAACCUGAACCAAUCAUUUGUAACUGAUGCUGUGCUUCACUCAAGCUACAUAUAGCUACAGUCAGGUCCAUAAGUAUUUGGACAGUGACAGAAUGAUUCUAAUGUUGCCUCUGUACACCACCACAAUGGACCUGAGAGGAAACAGUGCUUGUGGUGCGAACGUUCAGCUUUAAUUCAAGGGGUUUAACAAACAAAUCUUAUUAACCACUUAGAGGCAUCACAGAUAUUUUUAUAUAUAGUCUCUCCAUUUUCAUAGUUUAGAGCCAGUCAGCUUAUGAAUAAGAGGGUCUUCGGUUUGAUUCCCAUUGAGACAGGAAACCACAAAGGUCCCUGAGAGUGAGGCCCUUCAUCCCCAGCUGCUCCUGGUGUGCAGUAGAGCACCUUUGUGUGAAUGGGUGAUGUGAAGCAUCAUUAUAAAGUGCUUUGAGCGUCAGCAGCAGAUGGAAAAGCCUGACAGAAAUGGAGUCAAUUCACAGUAUCAUUCAUUUGACAGUGUUGCACGUGUACAACGCUCUGUGGAAUAAACAGUUCACAAAAACACAGUGACAGUGUGAGGAGAGCCACCAAGACACCUACUACAACUGAAGGAGGUAGAGGCUUCUGUAAAUGUGACUGGAGACAAUGUGCAUUGUGCAACCUUUGUGUGCUGUGUCACCAGUUAUAACGAUUCAUGGUGGAACACAGAAAGAUUAUUUUAAAGAAAGCAUAAAAUUUCUGAUACAUAUUGCUAGAAGCUACAUGGGAGACUGAGCCUAGAUUUGAUCUUUUUUCUUGUAUGAAAAUCCUUCUGUGUUCCACUGCACCAUGAAUCUACUUUACAGGCCACUUUAUUUGGUACACCUGUUCAAUGGGUUGUUAACACAAAUAGGUAACCAGCCAAUCACAUGGCAGCAACUCAAUGCAUUUAGGCAUCUAGACGUUGUGAAGACGACUUGCUGAAGUUCAAACUGAGCAUCAGAACAGGAGGGGUAAGAGGAUUCAAGUGACUUUGAAUGUGGCAUGGUUGUUGGUGACAGAGGGUCUGGUCUGAGUUUUUCAUAAACUGCUGAUCUACUGGGAUUUUCACACACGACCAUCUGUAGGGUUUAGAGAGACUGGCCAAAAAAGAGAAGCUAUCCAGUGAGCAGCAGUUGUGUGGAC